AUGAUGAAGGGAAGGUCAUCAUUUGGAAAGCAUCAGAAUAAGACGCACACGUUAUGCCGCCGCUGUGGCUCUAAGGCCUACCACCUUCAGAAGCUGACCUGUGGCAAAUGUGGCUACCCGGCCAAGCAAAAGAGAAAGCAUAACUGGAGUGCUAAAGCCAAGAGACAAAAUACCACCAGGACUGGUCGAAUGAGACACCUAAAAAUUGUAUACCAGAGAUUCAGGCAUGGAUUCCGUGAAGGAACAACACCUAAACCCAAGAGGGCAGUUGUUCCAGCAUCCAGUUCACCUUAA